GAGGAGAAAGAAAGGAAGAGAGGGAGAUUGAUCAUUUGAACGUCCUGGGCCUUGCGAUCCUUUGAGAAACACAAUUUCUACUACAUCCAAAAACGUCGCUUUUUGAAAUACGCACAUUUUUGCGGACUUAAAGCUUGAGGCUUGUUGUUCUUUUCUUGUUUCUUUUUUUUUGGGUUAUUCCCACCCAGGAGACGUGCCAUCGCCACCACCAGCAGCAGCAGUAGCAGCAGCAGCAGCAGCAGCAGAGGAAUAUCUCCCAAUAUCCCAUCCCGGGCACGUCGGAUAAGCUGCAGCAGCGAAAACACGAGGCGAAUAUUGCGGUGGACGGGAACGGGAACAUGCUCCGUGGGAUUUCGCACCUCUCACCCUGGCAGGGAGGCAGUUUGGGCUUGUUAUGGGGGUGACCGGAAGGAGAGAGUGACAGAGGAACAGUGAUGCUACUGUUUACAUAACGAGAGACUCACACACACACAUACACACACACACAGACACACAUACACGCACACAUGCUCAAAUCGCCAGUCCAGGACGUACACACUCGCUUAAACACUUCCACACAUACACACGCAUACAGACACGUAUUCAAGGGACUCGCUGACUGAGUCACCACACACUCAGAGGCACAGAAUCACUGACUCACACACAGGACCAAACACACGCACAGACAGACAGACACACACACACACACACACACACACACACACACACACACAAAAGCAAAAGGUUGUUUGCAAGAGUCAGGACUGUGUGUUGUAUGUGCUAUGGGCCAAGCUGAGCAGCAGCUGUGUGUGAGUGUUGGAUACCUCUGAAGGGUCAGCACAGCCGCAACCCUCGCCCUCCCCAACCCUUCCUCCUCCCUUCCCAUCCCUCAUCUCCCAGGUACCCCUAAACGCACCAUCAUGUCCGAGCUGAGGACCAGGAGAACUCCCCUGUCCCCUCUCCCAACCUUCUCCUCCCCGUUCGGGUUUCUAUCCCUCCUUCUUUCCCUCUGCCUCUCCCUUUCUCUCUACCCGGCCUCCUUAUCAGCACAGCAGACUGUGCCUGUCAUCUCCACGGUGCAGGGCCGCAUCCGGGGUAUCCUGACCCCGCUGCCCUCUGACCUCCUGGGACCAGUCAUCCAGUACCUGGGAGUACCGUACGCCAGGCCUCCAACGGGGGACCGGCGCUUCCAGCCGCCUGAGCCUCCUCUGCCCUGGCCGGGAAUACGAAAUGUGACGCAGUUUGCUCCAGUGUGUCCACAGUCGCUGGAUGAGAGGAGCAUGCUGGGAGACAUGAUGCCGUCCUGGCUCACGGCUAACCUGGAUAUAGCGGCGACGUACCUUACUCACCAAAGUGAGGAUUGUCUCUACCUCAAUAUCUACGUGCCCACCGAGGAAGACAUUCAUGAGGAGGGGGGUCAGCGGCCAGUGAUGGUCUACGUCCACGGGGGCUCGUACACAGAAGGCACUGGCAAUAUGAUGGAUGGCAGCGUACUGGCAAGCUACGGCAACGUCAUUGUCAUAACCCUCAACUAUCGCCUAGGAGUACUGGGAUUUCUUAGUACAGGUGACCAGGCGGCAAAAGGGAACUACGGCUUGCUGGAUCAGAUCCAGGCCCUGCGCUGGGUGAAGGAGAACAUCGGAGCCUUCGGAGGAGACCCAAGCAGGGUCACAGUGUUUGGAUCCGGGGCUGGGGCCUCGUGCGUCAGCCUGCUCACCUUGUCUCACUACUCGGAGGACCUGUUUCACAGAGCCAUCAUCCAGAGCGGCAGCGCUUUAGCCAGUUGGGCUGUCAACUACCAGCCCAGCAAGUAUGCCCGGCAGCUUGGUGAGAGGGUGGGCUGCGGCAUCGACGACAGCACCCAACUGGUCGCUUGCCUCCAGGGCCGGAGUUACCGCGAGCUUGUGGAGCAGAACAUAACGCCAGCCAAAUAUCACACGGCUUUUGCCCCGGUGAUUGAUGGUGAUGUUAUACCUGAUGACCCCCAGAUUCUGAUGGAGCAAGGAGAGUUUCUGAACUACGACGUGAUGCUGGGGGUUAAUCAGGGUGAGGGCGUGAAGUUUGUGGAGGGCAUUGUGGACUCUGAGGACGGUGUCACGGCUGAGGACUUUGACUUUGCAGUGUCAGACUUUGUGGAUAGUUUAUAUGGAUACCCAGAAGGUCGAGACACGCUGAGAGAGAGCAUCAGGUUUAUGUACACGGACUGGGCGGACCGUGACAAUGCAGAAACACGGCGGAAGACUCUGGUAGCGCUAUUCACAGACCACCAAUGGGUGGCGCCGGCAAUCGCCACAGCUGACCUCCACGCUCAGUAUGGAUCCCCCACCUACUUCUACUCCUUUUACCACCACUGCCAGAGUGAUGCCACGCCACCCUGGGCUGACUCCGCCCAUGGUGACGAGGUGCCCUACGUGUUCGGCGUGCCCAUGGUGGGGCCCACUGAUCUGUUCAACUGUAACUUCUCCAAAAACGACGUGAUGCUGAGCGCUGUUGUCAUGACUUACUGGACCAACUUUGCCAAGACUGGUGACCCAAACCAGCCAGUUCCUCAAGAUACCAAGUUCAUCCACACUAAACCAAACCGUUUUGAAGAAGUGGCCUGGUCUAAGUACACCCCUAAAGAGCAGCUGUACCUCCACAUUGGCCUGAAGCCCCGAGUCAGAGACCACUACCGUGCCACCAAAAUCUCCUUCUGGCUCCAGCUGGUUCCUCACUUGCAUCACGUCAACGAGCUCCUCCAGUCGGUGUCCUCCUUCACCCAUAGUCCCUCUCCACAGGAUGACACUCCUUAUUCUUACACCAAGCGUCUAGCCAAAGGUUGGCCGCCUAGCAGCACACGCCAUCCAGGUCAACAAGGAGGUACUCCACAGCCCCCGGAGCCUGCUUUGGGCCAAGGUGGAGGGGAGGAGGGGGUCCGUGUUCCCAAUGAGGACUAUUCAACUGAACUCUCAGUGACCAUUGCGGUGGGAGCUUCACUUUUGUUUCUUAACAUCCUCGCAUUCGCGGCUUUGCUGUACAAGAAAGACAAGAGGCGUCUGGAGCACCGUCGGCCACGUCCGCUUCCUCCCCCGAGACGAGACAUCACACCGGCAGAUGUCGCCGCCCACCUGCAGGGGGAGGGACUGAUGUCAUUACAGGUGAAGCAGCUGGAGUGUGAUGCUGCAUCAGCAGACGAGAGAAACAACACUCACCACCAUCACACUCUGGAUACACUGGACGCCCUGGACGGCUUGGACACCCAGGACAUCUACAGCACGCUGGACACGGUGCGCCUGACCUGCCCACCCGAUUACACCCUCACCUUGCGCCGCUCGCCUGACGACGUCCCCCUCAUGACGUCUCUGACCCCAGGAUCACUGCCUGUGACUCCUGGGUCACACCCUGUCACCCCUGCGACGCCGAUGACCCCCAUGACGCCUGGAUCAGUGGUGGGGAUGAGGAUGGGGCAUCCGCACCAGGGAUACACACACCAUAGCCCAUAUAGUAAUACACACUUGCCACACACACACAUCUCCACGCACACACACUCCACCACGCGUGUAUAACCGCAGCAAGAUACUUGCACACACAGGGACAUAAUUACAACACACACACACACACGCAUACUAACAUACACACAAACACACACACACACACACACAUACACACACACACACACACACACAUAAAACAAGAGACUUAAAUACCUCUACUAAUUACCCUGCAGGAUUGUUACAGACGGAGUGACAGAGAGACAUUUUCAGUAACAGGAUGAAAAGACAGACAGCUGUGUGUUGCAUGUCGGGGAACUGAAGACAAACUGGAUCCCGGGAGAUGCAGUUCUAUGCAUCAUUCGCUCUUAACCUUGAACGAGACGUGCCAAGACAUCCAUCAAAUGUCUCAAAAACCUGCUUUGGAUAUUAAAUCUUCUGCUUUUUCUACACCUGAGGAGGAAGAGGAGGAGCGCUGUGGCAAAAGGGUCAGUUAUGGAUCAGUUUACAUCUCCUACUGUACCUGUGCUGCACAGCGAAGCAGUGCUGAGACUGAGCAGAGCAGAUGCAGACACAGAACUGAGCUAAGAAGUACCACACACACACAGACUGCUGAAGUCAACUUGAACAACCUGUGAAAUGUGAAUGUAGCAUUUUUUCCAUUAAAAGAUCAAAGGCCCUAUCUGCCAAGGAUCAAACUAAGCUGAGGAGGAAAAAAAAACAAA